CGAAGAGAGACGUGGAGUGAAACGGUGCGUCCAAGUCGUCGUCCACUGAACCAUACACUACACGUUAAAACUACCCCCAACGGCCCAAUUCUGAAAAUACAGACACAAACGAUAGACGGCCCAGACCACUGUUCAAAUUGCCGGUGGGAAAAUAAAAUGGCGGAAAGUGCUGCUUCGGCGACGCCACCGACGGGAGGAGGAGGAAGAGGCGGACUGGACAAUGACAAGUCCAGCAGCAUCAGCGUGUCGGCGAUGCAGUUCUCGUACGACUCCAACCAGGCGCCUCUUUUCUUCGACUUCAAUCUCGACAUUGCUCCCGGAUCUCGCUGCUUACUCACCGGCGCCAAUGGAUCAGGGAAGUCGACUUUACUGCGGAUUCUGGCGGGGAAGCAUAUGGUAGGAGGGAAAGACGUCGUGAGAGUGCUGAACAGUUCGGCUUUUCAUGACACUCAGCUCGUUUGUAGUGGUGAUUUAGCCUAUUUAGGAGGUUCCUGGAGUAAAAAUGCUACAGGCACUGGGAUCUGCAUUCUGAGGUCUCUGUUUAUCUCUUCCCAAUUGUUUAUUUUGGUGUCAGUUGAGGGUGUUGAUCCAGACAGGAGAGAAAAGCUGAUUGAGCUUCUUGAUAUUGAUCUCCGAUGGCGUAUGCACAAGGUAUCUGAUGGACAGCGGCGCCGGGUUCAGAUUUGUAUGGGGCUUCUAUACCCGUAUAAGGUUUUGUUAUUGGAUGAGGUGACAGUUGAUUUGGAUGUGGUUGCUAGGAUGGAUUUGCUGGAGUUUUUUAGGGAGGAAACUGAGCAGAGAGGAGCUACAUUAAUAUAUGCAACUCACAUCUUCGACGGUUUAGAGGCAUGGGCGACACACCUUGCUUACAUUCAAGAAGGUGAGCUUAAGAGGUACGCUAAGCUACUGGAGAUGAAUGAGCUCAGUACAUCUGUGAACCUGCUCACAGUAGUUGAGAACUGGCUACGUUCCGAGACUAAGCAGGAGAAGAGGAAGAAGAAGGAAGUCAUAAAACCCUGUACUGCCCACACCCAGAAGGCUUCCUCCCCUUCUCCUUUCAUGUCAUCUAGUAGACACAUGGCCUACUAUCGCUGAUUUUGAUGCCAGGGUUGGGAAUUUGAAGGGGAAGUGUUGGACCGCUGUAAAAAGGGAUCGUAUAUCUAUUCUUUUGGCCAAGUAUAGGCUCCCACUGCAUAAGCCUGAGAUAUGUAAUGCAAUGGAAGGAUUCCUCUUUUUAAUUUUUCCUUUAUUUUUCUUCUUCUUAUUACAAGAAGACACUGUGAGAUGGGGGAUAGGAAGUUGAACCAACGAUCUACAGUUGUUCGAGCUUCUGAUUAGUUGUGAAAUUUCAAAUUUGUUUUCAAUAAAAUGACUUACAAGUUACAAUACCAACUGCAUGAUGUGAAUUGUGAAGUGUUUCGACGGUU